CCGCCGCUUCGCCUCACAACUCUCAACUCGCAAGCAGCGAUUCUUCAUCCAUUUCGAUCAGCUCGAGCUCCGAUAGAUCCUAGAGGCAAGACCAUCAGUGCGUGACCGCCCGGCCGCCGUCCGCCAUUGGAGAUCGAUGGAGACGGAGCCGGAGCUGCAGGCGGCGCUGGUGAAGGUGGGCGUGUUCGUGCUGGUGCAGGCGCUGGUGUACCUCAUCCUGUCGCAGUCGUCCUCCGUGUUCUCGCGCACCAAGAGCCUCGGCCUCCGCCCCGCGCGCUCCGCCAGCGCGCGCCGCAUGCUCGCGCUGCUCGCCGACCUGCCGCUCGCCGGGGAGCCCUCGCGCGCCGCCCGGGCGCGCUCCUCGCCGCGGUCGCCGUCGCCCGCGGUCGCCGCCGACGACCUCGUCAAGGAGGACUGACCGACUGGGGCCGCCGCCGGCCGUGCGGGGCGGCGGGUGAGCUAGCUAGCGUAGCGGACCGUAGCGAGCUCGAUCUUCUCUUCACCUUCUUUCGUUCUUUCACAGAUUGUGGCGUGUAGGUUCAUUUGUUGUUUUUUACUGUAAGCUUUUGAUUGGGUGUCCAACUUUCGUGGAGUUUUUGGUUUGUGCAUGUGAUUAGUUCGGUCAAAUCGUGUGCUUGUGUCAGAAUUUGGAGAGGUUCGUGGAACAUCAAGCUGAAUGCGAGCGGAUCGCUAAAUGCUGAUCCGCCGCCCUUGCUUCGUUUCGGAGGGCAUUCCUCUGUUUAGACAGUAGUGUACCACCGUUUGACUCCACUAAGCGGGCUAAAGCCGUGAAUCUCCUCGCA